ACUAAGGGUGCCAAAGUAAAUUAUAUACUCUUAAUGUAUAUGUCAUUAUCACAUACAUAUAAACAGAAAAUAGCCAUAUAAUAAGUGGUGUAUCAUCACUGUCUGCCAUUGUUUCUCAUAAACAAUGGCGUGGUCAAAUUUUCAAUGUACUUUAGCAAUACUUCAAAUAAUUACAGGUUCAUUUAAUACUUUAUCAGUUAAAUAUGCAGAUCAACAAGUUGUACUUGGUGAAGAUGGACAACUUAGAUAUUUUAAUCAUCCUUUUAUGCAAUCAUCAUUUAUGUUUCUUGGAGAAGCUCUUUGUUUUUUAGCGUUUAAAGUCUUUUACUACUAUUAUAAUCGGCGAGGUGAUGGCUCUGUAGAUAAUAACGUACUCACCAAAGGUUCAAGGAUUUUUAAUCCUUUUAUUUUAAUAGUACCUGCAUUAUGUGAUAUGUUUGCAACAUCCAUAAUGUACGUUGGUUUGAACUUGACUUAUGCAAGUAGCUUCCAAAUGUUGCGUGGAUCAGUAAUUGUUUUCACAGGAAUGCUUUCUAUUGGAUUUCUUAAUAGAAAAUUGGGAGUAAGAGAAUGGAUAGGCAUUGGUUUUGUUGUAAUAGGUUUAGUAUUUGUUGGUAUUAGCGAUAUAUUAGUAAUGGAAAACAAUGAUGUCAGUGCAAAUUCUGUAAUCACUGGGGAUUUGCUUAUUAUAUUUGCCCAGAUAAUAACAGCUGUGCAAAUGGUUGUUGAAGAAAAAUAUGUGGGACAGCAAGAUAUUCCUGCAUUACAAGCAAUUGGAUGGGAAGGUAUCUUUGGAUUUAUUGGUAUUUCUCUAAUAAUAAUCCCUUUCAAUUAUAUUACCGCGCCACCUCCUUUUGCGGAUAAUUCACGCGGCACACUUGAAGCUACUGUAGAAGCUCUUAUUGAAAUAGGAAGCAAUAGUAAAUUAUUGAUAGCUGUUAUCGGUAUAUCAUUUAGUAUUGCUUUUUUUAAUUUUGCUGGUAUUAGCGUUACUAAGGAAAUGAGUGCUACAACAAGAAUGAUUUUAGACAGUGUUCGUACAAUUGUGAUAUGGAUCUUUUCUUUAGCGUUUCAGUGGCAAGUUUUUCAUUAUAUGCAGCUCAUUGGUUUUAUAAUUCUUUUAAUCGGUAUGGCAUGUUAUAACAAUAUUGUUAUUCCGCAAUUAAUUCGGAAAUAUCGACAUUAUUUGGGACACCGUACAUUAUCAGAAAAUGAAGAUUGUAUUAUUAAUACGGCUGCAGACGACGUACAAGAAACGAUAUAAAUAUCUAUAUAUAUGAUAUAAAUAUUUUAAACUAUCAUUAUCGCUAUUAAUUGUUUUGAUUGAAUGAUUAUUAUUUCAAGUAAAAUAACUAUAACAGGAUCUGUCUUAUAACCCAAAGUAAUUACAAAACGGAGGACAUGCAAAAUCCUGAAAAGAAUGUCCCGAAAAUUGAAAACUAUGACAAUGUCCUGAAAAAUCACAGUCGAAUUUUAAGAACUGUGAUAAUGUCUUGAAAAAUCAUAAUCUCGAUAUUUUAGAAGUGUGACAAAGUCCCGAAAAGUUAUAAUCUCUAAUUCUUAAAAACGAGACACUUGAGAUAGAUAUCUACGUGUGUAUGCGUGCGCGCGCGCGCGGGCCACGUGUAUAUCUAUAUACAGGGUGGUCCGUUUUAUUCCAGUUAGUAGAAUAUUUCAAAAUUCUGAAAUUUAAGGAUCAGUUGUUUCAACUAUGUGAUAAUUUACCUAUUCAAUCUACUGAAUAAACAAAAGAGUAAAAAAAUAAGAAGUAAGAGAGAAUAAGAGAGUAAGAGAGAGUUCAAGCUGUAGCUGAAAAGAGAGUUCACUGAAAGAUGGAACAAUCUAAGACAAAAA